GCCAGUAUAUCAUCAGAGUUUCCCCGCAGCCCUGGAGUUUCGUAACUUCAUCUUUCUUCUCCCAUUCUUCUCCUUCUUCCUGUUCCUCCCUCUUCACAGACCUGUAUUUGUUGAUUGAGCGGAUCCUUAUCACAAUGCAGUCCUCUAUGCUGCUCCGUACCAGAGCCCUUCCCUGGGCCAAGGCCUCUAGAUGGAGCGUCCCUCGUACGGCCACUCGCGCCAUGGGCUCCUUUGCCACCUUCAAGGUCCCGCGCAUCGAUAAUGAACCCAAUCAACACUACGCCCCAGGCACUCCCGACCGCAAAGGUCUCGAGGAUGCCCUCGCCCGUCACAAGAGCAGUGCUCCCCUCAACGUCCCGCUGGUCAUUGCCGGCAAGGAGAUUAAACCCUCUCAAACCUUCACUCAGGCGAACCCCGCGACCCAUGCCCCCUUGGCGACUUACUCGAAUGCGAGUGCCGCUGACGUCCAGUCGGCCAUCGACGCCGCUCUGAAGGCCCGUCAGUCCUGGGCUGAGACCUCGUUCGCUGAACGCGCCAGCGUCUUCCUCAAGGCCGCGGAUCUUAUCUCCACCAAGUAUCGCUACGACAUCAUGGCCUUGACCAUGCACGGCCAGGGAAAGAAUGCCUGGCAGGCCGAGAUUGACUCGGCCGCCGAGCUGUGCGAUUUCUUCCGUUUCGGCGUGAAGUACGCCGAAGACCUCUAUGCUCAGCAGCCGGUCCACAACUCCGCGGGCGUCUGGAACCGCGUGGAGUACCGUCCCCUCGAAGGUUUCGUCUACGCCAUCAGCCCCUUCAACUUCACCGCUAUCGGUGGUAACUUGGCGGGCGCCCCCGCCCUCAUGGGCAACGUCGUCAUCUGGAAGCCCUCGCCCUCCGCCAUCGCCUCCAACUGGCUGGUCCACCAGAUCCUGCUCGAGGCCGGUCUGCCCAAGGAUGUCAUCCAGUUCGUCCCCGGUGAGGCCGAGGAGGUCACCAACGUCGCGCUGAACCACCCCGAGUUCGCCGCCCUCCACUUCACCGGCAGCACCGGCGUCUUCCGCAGCCUCUACGGCCAGAUCGCCGGCGGCGUCGCCGAGGGCAAGUACCGCAGCUACCCGCGCAUCGUCGGCGAGACCGGCGGCAAGAACUUCCACCUCAUCCACAAGUCCGCCCACCUCCGCAACGCCGCCGUCCAGACGGUCCGCGGCGCCUUUGAGUUCCAGGGCCAGAAGUGCAGCGCCACCUCGCGCGUCUACGUGGCCGACUCCAUCGCCGACGAGUUCGUCGCCGAGGUCGCGGCCGAGACCAAGAAGCUCAAGGUCGGCGAGCCCACCGACUUUACCAACUUCUGCGGCCCCGUCAUCCACGAGGGCUCCUUCUCCAAGCUGUCCCAGGUGAUCGACGAAGCCAAGCAGGAUCCCGAGCUGGAGCUCGUCGCCGGCGGCUCCUACGACGCCUCCCAGGGCUGGUAUAUCCAACCCACGGUCUACCGCACCUCGAACCCGGAUCACCCGCUGCUGUCGCGUGAGCUCUUCGGACCCGUCCUGGUCAUCCACAGCUACCCCGACGCCACCGAGGCCGAUUUCUCUAAGAUUUGCGAGAAGAUCGACUCGACGGGCACCUAUGGUCUGACUGGCGCCGUCUUCUCACAGGACCGGGUGGCCCUGCAGGCCGCUAACGACGCGCUCCGCAACACCGCCGGUAACUUCUACAUCAACUGCAAGAGCACCGGUGCUGUCGUCGGUCAGCAGCCCUUCGGCGGUGCCCGCGCAAGCGGCACCAACGACAAGGCCGGUAGCGGCAACCUGCUCUCCCGCUUUGUGAGCCUGCGUUCCAUCAAGGAGGAGUUUGUCCCGACCACCAAGGUUGAAUACCCCAGCAACGCAUAGACGUGUCAUGUUGUCUAGCUUUUGAUUUUUUUUUUCUGUGUUUUGGUCUUCUCUAUUCCCCACCAGUUUAUCUGGUUUGUGUAUGGGCAUUGCAUCUCUGGCGUUGGAUCAUGAUUUCUACGGCUGGCUCGCAGCGACGAAAA